UCAUAUUGGGCGUUGCCCAGCGGACUAUAAAUUGUUGAACACAUAUCCAGUGAGCGUCUGCACUCUUCACUGACUCUCAAACUACACUUUCUGCCUCUUGAUUUCCUGCCCACACUUCCGCAGCCAUGACUGAAUUAGAGAACUGCAUGGAGAGUCUGAUCAAGGUGUUCCACCGCUAUUCUAUUGAAGACGGUGAUGCAAAGACCUUGAGCAAGAAAGAACUAAAAAAACUGAUGGAGAAUGAGUUGCCAACCUUUCUGAAGACCCAGCAGAACCCCAAAACUGUGGAUUUCAUUUUGAAAGAUUUGGACCAAAACAAAGAUGAUAAGUUGGACUUUGAAGAGUUUCUUCCCCUUGUCGUCGGCCUCUCAAUGGCUUGUGAGAAGUGUUACAUGCUCCACGAAAAGAAGAAGACCAAGAAGUGAUGGGAAAAUAUAAGGAAGAAUUAUGAUGUUGAACGUUUUUAGAGUAGAACAUGAAUCACUAAUGUGGGACAUAAUCCCCAAGUAAAAACCUUUUACAAGAUGUUA